GUAUAAGUAGGAGUGGUUGGUUGCAGUUUUUGAGCUGUCAUUCUUCGCUCUGCACCAAGAACGUAUCUUCUUAUUUUUCUUCUUCUUCUUCUUCUUCUUCUUGAGAUUAACAGGUCCAGUCCAGUUUAGUCUCUUCAUUAUCAAGACAGGAGUCCAGGAGUCGUUCUGUUAUGGUGAAUAACGGGCCAAGUCGGAGAAUGGGACGUCAGAAAAUUGAAAUCAAGAAGAUCCAGAACAAAGACAACCGCCAAGUUUGCUUCUCGAAGCGGCGGAACGGCCUCAUGAAGAAGGCCAACGAGCUUUGCAUCCUGUGCGGCGCCGAGAUCGCCGUCAUCGUCUUCUCCCCCGGCGGCAAAUCCUAUUCCUUCGGCAGCCCCUCUGUCGAGUCGGUCGUCCACCGCUUUCUCAAUGGCUUGUCCCCGUCGUCCUCCCUCUCCAGCCUGCGGACGUCGGAUCCGGACCCUGCCCACCACUCUAGCAGCAUUCGGGAGCUCAACCAGCAGCACGACGAGCUCCUCCAGCAGCUCGAGGCGGAGAGAAGACGUCGGAGUUCGCUGCAGAAAAUGCACGACAGGACAUGCCAUGCGCAGGGGAUGGCCGGCUGGGAUUCAGACGUGAACAGCCUAGACCAUGGCCAACUGGAGAACCUGCUUCCGGCCUUGGAGGAACUGAAAUCGACGCUCAUGAGGCGCGCCGAGGAGCUGAUGCUCAAGAUGCCUGCCAACAACCACAGUGGCUUCGAUGCCGGAUUCUCCUCCCUUCCUCCUCCUCCUCCGCCUCCUCCUCCUUCUCAGCUUCCUGCAUCUUCCUUCAUCAAUCCCAGUUGCUACAGUUUUAAUGCUAACGAUUGCAACCCUCUGUUCUUGCCAAUGUCCAAAGCUACCAACUUCAAUCAUGGCGGCUUCAGCACCAGUCAGAUCAACAUUGGGAGCUAUUUCUCGAACAAUCAAGAUGAUGUCUACACCGUGGACCUCUCACGCUUGGGUCACGAUAUUGACAAUAUCAAAUAUGAGUUUUAGAUUUUCCUGUUCCAGUUUCUUUAAGAAAAAUCUUAAUCUGUGUUUCCUUUUCCACGACUUGUUUAAUAAUAUUCGA